AUGCGUCCUUAUCAUAGGCAUAGGCCGAAUCCUGUCACAUCUUGGGAACUUGACGAGUGUUGUGAUUUAGCUGCCGUGUCGGGGCGCUUUGCACUUUGCGAAGCGCUGCCGGGCCCGGGGGCGCGCGGUGCGGCGCGGAGAGCGCGGGGGGAGGGGCCGGCGCGCAGCCUCCGCGGCGCAUCUCCCUGCACGCUCGCCGCCGGCCGUCGGCCCGCCGUACCGCCGCGCCGUCAGUCGCGCUCAGCCCGCGGUACUGUUAGCACGCGCCCACGCCCCGCGCUCCCGCCACGCCGCAGCACGCGCAGCCUCAACACGCCGCCGCCGUCGCCGCAGUGUCCCUCGUCGCCCCGCGGCAUGUGCACC